ACCUUAUAUAAGCAAGGAUAAUGGAAAAUAAAGUAGGUACUUAUGUAUGUACUUAUAUAGCAUUAAACCUUAAAAGAUGCAUGUGGACUGGGUACAUACAUACAUGUACAUACCUGGUACUUAUUAUAAAAACGUUCGCAUUAAAGGUAACAUGUAGGUAACGACUUCAGCGAUUCGACUUUUUUUUUCUCUUCCUUUUGUCCUUUGUUGUCAAAACCCUUCUUCCCCAUAGGUUAUGUUAGGUACAUAAUACCCCCGCUUCAUAACGCAGGGUUGGUCUCCAUCUAGAAGACUGGAGGCGAAAACGCAUUGCCAAUAUAAACCAAAGCUGUCGCUUUGUCUUCUUUAUUUAUCAAUUCGUCCUUCUAAUCGACAUUUUUCCACUUAGAGAUUGUCCCGGUGCUGUGCUGCCGUGGGUUCUCGGUUCUCGGUUCUCAUCGUCGGUCCCAAACACACGGUCAAUUUAUAUUUGACCACAGACUCUAAAAAGUAGUGCCGUUGCUAGGAGCGACGUGACAAUCGUUGACGAAUUGUCCCCCCCCCCCCCUCUCCUCUGGUUCAACACUUGGAAGCAGAUAUCCAUCAUAGUUCACUAUGGCUUCUGCAAUUGCCACCGGCGUUCCGCGCCAGAACCCCGCCCUUCGGCGAACCAUGACAUCCACCACUGCGGACACCGAUGUCUCGUCGCCUUCUACUGCUAUUGGGUCCCCAGUUGACUCUCCUCGGCCCUCCGCGUCUUCUACCUCUCUCUCUUCCAUGUCCUCUCUCGAACCCAACAGCGCUCUUCACGGCAAGCUGAUUGACACGUACGGCAACGAUUUCGAGAUCCCCGAUUACACUAUCAAGGAUAUCCACGAUGCUAUCCCCAAGCAUUGCUUUGAGCGAUCUGCCCUCAAGGGCUUCUAUUACGUCAUCCGAGAUGUCGCUCAGUUGGCCAUCACUUUCUACCUCUUUCAUACCUAUGUGACCCCAGAGAAUAUACCGAAUACCUCUGCUCGCUUUGCCUUGUGGGGAUUGUAUACUUUCCUCCAGGGUCUCUCUGGAACCGGUAUUUGGGUAUUGGCACACGAGUGCGGUCACCAAUCCUUCAGCACUUCCAAAGUUCUGAAUGACUCUGUUGGUUGGGUACUACACUCUUCUCUAUUGGUCCCGUAUUUCAGCUGGAAGAUCUCGCACGGCAAGCAUCACAAGGCAACUGGCCACAUCGAGCGCGACAUGGUCUUCGUUCCUAAGACUCGCGAAGAGAAGGCCAGCCGCCUGGGCAAACUCGUUCACGAACUCGCUGAGCUCGGCGAGGAGACGCCUAUCGUGACCCUUCUCACCCUUGUUGGCCAACAGCUUAUCGGCUGGCCCAACUACCUUCUUACCAACGUCACAGGGCACAACUUCCACGAGCGCCAGAGAGAGGGACGUGGAAAGGGCAAGAGCAACGGCUUCUUCGGUGGUGUCAAUCACUUUAACCCAUCCAGCCCCCUUUUCGAGGCCAAGGAUGCGAAACUGAUCGUUCUAAGUGACCUCGGCUUGGCUAUCACUACUUCGGUCCUGGUCCUGCUCGGCAAUAAGUUUGGUUGGGAAAACCUAUUUGUGUGGUAUUUUCUACCGUACUUUUGGGUCAACCACUGGUUGGUUGCUAUUACUUUCCUCCAGCAUACCGACCCCUCUCUGCCUCACUACAAGCCUGAGUCAUGGAACUAUGUCCGUGGGGCCGCUGCGACAAUCGAUCGCGAGUUCGGAUUCAUCGGUCGCACGUUGAUGCACGGCAUCAUCGAAACACACGUCCUUCACCACUACGUUUCCACGAUCCCAUUUUACAAUGCCGACGAGGCUAGUGAAUCUAUCCAGAAGGUAAUGGGUCGUCACUACCGGUCGGAUACCAAGGAUGGUUCGCUUGGCUUCAUCAAGGCUAUGUGGCGCAGUGCCAGGAUGUGCCAAUGGGUUGAACCUAGCGAGGGCGCCAAGGGUGAAGGAAAGGGUGUCCUGUUCUUCAGGAACUCGAAUGGCUUGGGCACAAAACCGAUGAAGAUGAACCCCUCUCAGAAAGGGAUGAAGAUUGGUACAGACGAGUAAGGGAACCUAGUUUGACCAUCUUGAAAACCGAAACGGUCACAUCGAGGUUCCGACAACUGCGACCUUGUAUAGCAGUGAACGAGGGUAAGAUAGUGUCGAGCCAGGAGUGUAUACAUCAAACGGCGGAGCGCUUGGCCUCGAGAGCUGAAUGGUAGAUUAUGGCAUUCAUCGCAGCCAGCAAAGACGCGAUUAAGAGUGAACUCCUUGUCCUUUCCUGCACUUUAAAGAAGCAGAAAAAAGGGUACGUAAAAAUGGUGGUUAUUAGAAUGAAGGGUGCGAAAUGAAAUAGAUAUAGACUAGAAAGCUAGCCAUGAUGAGAAAUGUAAUACCUUGAGCAACAGUAAAGUAAUGUCACUUUGAGUGAGAACUAUUCAGCAGUUAGACAUUAAAAUGUAAAUGGAGACUGCGGGGUAUAGGUAUUUAGGAGACAAUUUGACAUGAGUUGAUUCCGGACGAUCCGUGAUCCAGAUACGUACCAUACCGGCAAAAUGUGGUUUUGAGAUAUCAU